AUGAUAGUGAUCAUCAAGAUUAACCCCAAAUUUCACACCCCCAUGUACUUUUUCCUUAGUCACCUUUCUUUUGUUGAUUUUUGUUACUCCUCUAUCGUUACUCCAAAGCUGCUUGAAAACUUCGUCAUGGCAGAUAAAAGCAUCUUCUACUUUAGCUGUAUGCUCCAGUACUUCCCGUCCUGCACUGCAGUGGUGACUGAGUCCUUCUUGCUGGCAGUGAUGGCCUAUGACCGCUUUGUGGCCAUCUGCAAUCCUCUGCUCUAUACAGUGGCCAUGUCACAAAGACUCUGUGCCCUGCUGCUGUCUCUAGCUCUGAUAAAUGCAUUCCUCACCUUCUGCUUUUUGGGUUUGCCACCUUCAAUGAGUGGACGUCGCAAAGCCUUCUCCACCUGUGCCUCCCACCUGACUGCCAUCACCAUCUUCCACGGGACCAUCCUUUCCCUCUACUGUGUGCCUAACUCCAAAAACUCUCGGCAGACAGUAAAAGUGGCCUCUGUAUUCUACACAGUGGUCAACCCCAUGCUGAACCCCCUCAUCUACAGCCUGAGGAACAAAGAUACUCUGGGUGUUAGCAACACUCUCUGGAUUCUGGGAGGACGUUCCUUGGCCCUGGGCUUCAGCUCCACUUUUCAGGCCCAUUGGAACAGCAACUCUGCUUCCUCUACUGUGGGUGGCCUCAUUUGUCUAGUCCUUCUGAGUGGUGACACUACCCCCUCAGCCCUGGCAGGCCUCAUUCUUCUGCCCCUUGGGCAUGGCAUCCCUGCCCCCUCAGAUUUGGGCAGCACACCCACCUCCAUCCUGCUGGGACAAGUGAACAGUGGCCCCACACUCUGGAACCAAGUUGGUGAAGACCUUAGUCUUUAA